AUGCACUCCGAGCACAUUGUGAUCGAGGGUGUGAUCGGAUCAGCCAGACCACAUCUGGAGGCGUUCAUGCUCACAGAGGAGGUGCAGGUGGAGGUACAGGAGGAGGUGCAGGUGAAGGUGAAGCAGGAGGUGAAGGUGCAGGUGGAGGUGCAGGUGGAGGUGGAGGUACAUGAGGAGGUGCAGGUGGAGGUGGAGGUACAGGAGGAGGUGCAGGUGGAGGUGCAGGUGGAGAUGCAGGAGGAGGUGCAGGUGCAGGUGGAGGUACAGGAGGAGGUGCAGGUACAGGAGGAGGUGCAGGUGGAGGUACAGGAGGAGGUGCAGGUAGAGAUGCAGGAGGAGGUGCAGGUGGAGAUGCAGGAGGAGGUGCAGGAGGAGGUGCAGGUGGAGGUACAGGAUGAGGUGCAGGUGCAGGUGGAGGUACAGGAUGAGGUGGAGGUGCAGGUGCAGGAGGAGGUGCAGGUGGAAAUGCAGGUGGAGGUGCAGGAGGAGGCGUAGGUGCAGGUGGAGGUGCAGGAGGAGGUGCAGGUGCAAGUGGAGGUGCAAGUGAAGGUGCAGGUGGAGGUGCAGGAAGAGGUGCAGGUGGAGGUGCAGGAGGAGGUACAGGAGGAGGUGCAGGUGAAGGUACAGGAUGAGGUGGAGGUGCAGGUGGAGGUACAGGAGGAGGUGCAGGUGCAGGUGGAGAUGCAGAUGCAGGAGGAGGUGGUGAAGGCUGAUAGCAGUAGCUCAGGGCACAUGGGUUUAUUUUGUGACUCCUUUCUUAUUGAUAAAGAGGCUGUGUGA